AUGGUUGGGAGUUUGGAUCAUUCCCUGCCAGGACCUGAAAACCAAGUGGAGCCGCAACAUCGCCAUCGCCAGAGACGGCUUCAAGUAGCCCGAGCGUGUGAUGCUUGUCGGCUUCGCCGCACCAAGUGCGACAAUGGCAUACCAUGUUCAAAGUGCAUAGCACGUGGAAACCACUGCAGUAAUAGUGGUUCGGCCAAGACCUCAACUCUCACAGAAGCCUCCGAAGAGAUUGCUCGCCUUAGGCAGAAAGUUCAGGAACUAGAAACAGAGCUCAAACGACAGGCUUUUGGCCAACAGAACCUACCAAGUCCUGCAUCGUCACAAUCAUCACUGCCUUCGGCUCGUGUCUCUACGGGAAAUAUCCCAGGCCCUGAUUUAAGAAGGUACUGCGAUGGUAUUCAAUUUAAACCUACGCGCUCCUCUAACGAAACAUGGUUUGGGCCAUCAUCGCUUUACUCUUUUAUUCAGGGUCUUAGCGAGUCUCUCGGUCUGGAACCGCGAAAGGAAAAUUCCGCCCAAUGUUUGCAUCCUGUAACAACCAGUGAUCACAAAUUUCUGGACGUCCCUGAGUCGGGUCUCCUUGGAUGUACUAGCCGUCCAUGGGCACCUCCAGCCGAGGAUAUUCCUAAUUCGGGGGUUUACUUGAGUCUCAUCCAAGAGGACUACUUUUUAAAUCUUUAUUGGCAAACUAACCAUACAUCGCGUUUUCCGAUUGUGGACGAGACACAGUUCAAGAAUCAUUAUCAGUCUCUAUUAGUGGGUGACGGACAGGAUCGGAGACCCUCAGCCCUCGUCGAUAUUAUAAUUGCCAUGUGCAUGCAAUAUGCAACCUCCACAAUGCCUGCAGGGGCCCAAGGAAUUCUUGUUGAGGGGAACGAUUCGCUAGUUGCGGGUCGGUGGCACUAUUGGCGUGGACAAAAGCUGCUUAAACAUGAGCUUGACAGUCCAUCAUUAUCAACAUUACAAUGUCAUCUGCUUUGUGCAGUCUACAUAUGUGGCGGAUCUUUCCACAAUAUGAUGAUCAGCACUGUGGGUCUCGCUGUAAGCACUGCUUAUAUGCUUGGUCUGCACCUGGAUCCCCCGCCGACCAUGUCCGAAAAGGAUCGCGAGAUGCGCAGACGGCUGUGGUGGGCAGUCUACGUCAUGGACAGCAAAUCUGCAAUGAAGCUCGGUCGCCCCUUUCUGCUAUCUAGCUCCCACGCCAUGCCGUCUCUACCCAGUGACGAUCUCACGGCCGCUGCGAGCUCCGGAUCCAUGUUUGCUCCUAUCGGACAAAAUGCUACAUGGCUGAGCUACAAUCUACAUACGGUCAAGCUUUACAUCGAAGCUCGAACAGCCCACACUGCCUUUUUCGAUCAGUAUAUCCAUAUGCCAGCGGGCCAAGCUUUAUGGGCUGAUCAUAAAACCCAAGCCUCCAGUGCGAGACUUCUAAACACACACGCCCAGAACUUUCAGGAAUGGGUCGAUGGUGUUCCUGAAUCUCUGAAAUUGAAGCGUCAAAACAAUGGUCGAUCUUUGUCCACGGAUCUCACCCCUAUUAUACUUGAGCCAUUUACCCCACCUUGGCUGCAGCGACAGCGCUUACUCCUUGAACACACAUACCAUCAUCUCAGCGUGAACCUCUAUCGUCCAUUCGUAUCCUUCACCUUGAAACCGCCGGCGGGUUCGAUGGCAGAGGAACUCGCCAUGAGAUGCGCUUCUCAUGCGAUAAUGUUGACGAUGAUCACGCACCAGACGCUCACAGAAUCGACGCACUUUGAUGGAUGGCUCGAGGUCUUCUUCUGCCAGUGGAAUGCACUUAUGACCCUUGUUGGGUUUGUGGUGUUGUUCCCGUCUUCGACCUUACUCAACCAGGCUAAGCAUGCAAUCGAACUCGCUACCUUGGUGUUCGAUAAUUACGGUGCCAAGUUUUCUGCUGCUGCAAACGCAGCGAAGAUUGUUCGUGAUCUAUCCGUCAAGAUUGAGUCCCUCGCAAAGCCCAAUGCAACUGGGUCCAACGCUACGAUAUUACCUCAAGACUUCGAAGCCAGCUCCUCAUCGGUGUCAGUUGAUCAAACCCUGCCAUCCCAUGAUCUUUUUGAUGCACCGGAGUUCAACCUAUUCGACAUGGCUGUCGACAUUGAUUUCUGGAAUAGUGCUGAGGCGCUUUGGCCCGGCCUUGACGACUUUUCACAAUUUCAAUCAGAAAUAUGA